ACAAUGAGUGACAGGCUUUUGAGUACCCUAGAUGAACUUCUGCUCAAGUUUGUUUUCCAGCUAGAACAAACUUCUUAUGCUAAGGAACAUGUGAAACAACAGAUAAAUCUGUAUACUGUAAAAAUCACAGAAAAAAAGAAUGAAAUCGCCAGGUUGCAGGAAAAUAUAAAUAACAGCAGUGAUGCAAUUGCUGAUUUGCACAAGCAAAAUCAGAGUAGUAAGGAGAGCUCUAAUGUAUGGAAGCCCACCUAUGUAAUUCUUAAUAAGCAUGAAGAAUAUUUGAAAAAUGAAGUUGAAGCUUUACAAGAAGCUGUAGAAAAUGAGAGGAAAAUGUAUCAGGAUUACAUAACCCAGUAUAAAGAGGUUUUGAAGCAACACCGUGAAAAAUAUGCAGAAACUGCUCUUGCACAGGAGUAUUACAAAAAGAAGAAAGAGCUUGAAGAAAUCCAAAACAGAGUUUUGAAACAGUUUGAAAAAUAUAAAUUGAAAGAAGAUGGUUGCUUGGAUGUUCUGGAGCCUGUUCCUUUUAAAUCCCUAAAUGACUGGGCUUUAAGGAUUGCUUUUUCAAGGCAAAAAACACAGGAAAUGUUAAAGCUUGCUGAAGUUGCCGCACAAGAAUCCAUUGAACUACAAAAAGAAUCAGAGGAAUUAGAAAUUAAAAUUAAUUCUUUUAAAAAGACAUUUGAAGAGACUACAGAAGAUCAAAAUAAUUCUGAAAUGAUUGACAGAAAAAAUCAGAAAAGUCUAGAGAAGCCAAACGAGUUUAAAGAAAGGGUAUUUGAAGAGAGUGAACAUCCAUCUUUGCUAAAUGAGAAACAUCAACAGUAUAAACCAUUACGUAUCCCAUGUAUUCCUCAGAAAUUAGUCCAGUCUGUACAGAGUAUUAGAUUCUCAGUGCAACAAAAGGAAACAGGGAGAGAAGAAAAAGAAAAAACUGUGGAACUUUCAGUGGCCACUAGCAGUUCCUCCAGCCUUGCAGAAAAUUCACAGUUAUGCAGCUCUCCCACUGAUAAAAAUAUGCUUAUUGACACUGCAGGGACUAAUAACUCACAAAUUGCCCAAGUUCCAUCAAUAAAACGCUUACAAAACCAAAUGCAAUUCAGACUGGCAAUUCCUCCAAAGCAGACAACUUCCAAUCAACAGUUUGAGAGUGAAAAUGCAGUAAUAGCAAACCGGGAGGCCAAAUGUGGAGAUAAAGAAGCAGAAGAUGAGCCAAAGGAUUCUUCAUAUAUACCUCAAGACAUAGACACAUGUUUUCAGUCAAAUGAAGAUAAUCCUGACACAGCAGAAGAAAGUGCAGGACAUUUUUUAAGAGCACCUGAAACACCUAAAUUUGUAGGAACACCUGACUCAAAGGGGAAGAAAACCCAGUUCUCUAAAACGCCUCCAUUUGAUUUCAUUCACAAUUUAGGUUGUGAAGAAGGAACAUCAAAAUCUCCUGCUUUCUUUUCUCUCAUGAACUUACCCCAGAAGUCACCUGGCUUUAAUUUGUUUGAUUCAUCUGUGUUUGGGGCAGAAAAUUCAUCUGAUGAGACAGAAGAAAGUUAUUCUGUGGCAAACUUGAACCCUCUGUCCCCACACAAGGAUAUUGGAAGCUUGUUUGGGAAAUCAGAAAGUGAGGAAGCAUUUGCCUUUCCCUUCCCCCCAGAAUCGACUUCUCAUGCAUUUGGAGAUGACUUUAGUUUUCCAUUUGCAUUUGGACAGGAUCAGAGAUCAUCACAGUCUCCUUCUGUGAAAGGUUUUCAUUCUUCCUUACAAAAUACAAAGCCAUUUACAUUCUUUUGA